AUGGCGUCGCGAGUUCCUCGAAUAUCCCUUGCAAAUCUCAAACCUGCCCCAGGCUCGCAGCAUGCUCAAAAACGCGUCGGUCGUGGGCAAGGCUCGGGUCACGGAGGAACGGCUGGUCGGGGUCACAACGGUCAGAAAUCUCGCGCUGGUCCUGGACCGCAUGCAAGUUUCGAAGGUGGUCAAACUCCCAUAACGAAACGGUUCCCCAAGAGAGGGUUUUACAGCCAAAACGGAAAAACAUGGGCACCUGUGAAUCUGGACCGGUUGCAGCAUUGGAUAGACCAAGGGCGGAUAACGUCGUCGCCAGAGAAACCCAUUACGGCGAGAGAGUUGCUGUUGAGUGGGUGCGUGCAUGAUGUGCAUGACGGGAUUAAGAUUCUUGGUGAUGGUGUGGAGCAUUUCAAAACGCCAAUCUAUAUUACCCCUUCGCGAGCGUCGCAAAGUGCCAUUAAAGCCAUUGAGGCUGCUGGCGGCAAGGUCGUCUGCAAGUACUACAACGACCUAGCACUUAGAGAGUGUGUCAAAGGGCGGACAGAGAAAACUGAAGCGGCCCCCACGCGUCGCGAGGAUAUCAUUUGGUACGGAAAACAUCAUAAUAGGGGAUAUAUAUCCACUACGACGUUGAAGUCGGUUGGUGACCUUCCGUUCGUUCAAGAACGGUGGAAGAUACUCGCGAAAGAGCUUCGCGUGUGGCGGAACCAAGAGUUUGAUACGCAGAAAUGA